GACUGUCAGUCAAUCUUAAUUGUAUAUUGUUGGUCUUAGUCGCUUCUUGUCAGCUGGAGUGCUGAAAAAUAAUAAUAUAAUCGAUUUAAAGAAAAAUGAGAUAGAAUUUUAAGAAAUAUGUGGUAUCGUUGUUACAUUUGUACUAGAAUGUUUUAGUGAAUAUUUAAUCUUAAAUGUGACUAAAAUCGUACAAUUAACGCCGAAAAUAUAAAAGGAUCUUAAAAUUGAUAUAAUGGAUUGGAUUAUAUCUGAUGAGUUGGGGCUUACCGUGGGCCAUUUAGUUGGCUGGGGGGCUGCCUCUGCUAUGAUAGUAGGUGGUGUAGCCCCGUACAUACCUCAAUAUAGACAAAUUAAAAAAACGCAAGACGCUGAUGGAUUCUCGCUCUACGUUUGUUUGACGCUGCUCGUAGCAAAUACAUUACGUAUUUUGUUUUGGUUUGGCAAACGCUAUGAGUUACCAUUGUUAAUACAAAGUAUAGUAAUGAAUGCAACAAUGUUUGCCAUGAUACAUCUGUGUGUUACAAUUAGAAAGAAGAAUCAGAUUAUAAGGGCCAGAGAAAGAAUAUUUACAGGUGCAAUAUUCAUGUUAUAUAUACUAUUAUGUUGUGUGAAUGGAUCAGCUCAGCCAGAUGAAACAGCAAACUGGCUGGGACAGCAGAGCGGCUUUGUUGGUGGUGAGAAACCUCAUCGUUUCUAUGAUAUGGACAAGAAAUAUUUCUGGGCGUGGACGGAUUUCCAAAGCUAUGUAGACUGUAUGCUAGUCUUCUCGGUGCUAGGAGCUGCUAUCACGUAUCUAUUGAUAGAGUUCUCGCCCUUCGUGGAGCUGAUCGGGUUCCUCGCUGUCUUCACCGAAGCCAUGCUGGGAGCGCCACAAAUAGCUAAGAAUCUCCAGAACAAAAGCACCGAAGGAAUGAGUGUCUGUAUGGUAAUAAUGUGGACGUUUGGCGACCUCUUCAAGACUGCGUACUUCGUUAUACGAGAAGCGCCAACGCAGUUCUGGGUCUGCGGCAGUCUUCAAGUGCUAUUGGACAUUGUUAUACUUCUACAGGUUUGGAUGUACAGACACAACACAGCCGCGGCCAGACGCAUCCGUCGCGGCGACUAGCAGUGGAUAGAAACAGACUUAUAGCGACGCUUCCCUAUUAAAUACAAUCGAUGCAAUGACGCAUCAUGACAGUUGACUUGACAGUGUACAUCUAAGUGAAUCACCACAGACUAUACAGAAUCCACAGAUAAAAUUACCAGCGAGACGCACACGUUCUGCCAUUAUGAUUUUUUAUCGUUAAUUCUAACCAGCCAGCCAGAUGUAUUGUUUACGACUGGUGUUAUAUUUUUAUUUUUUCAAAAUCUCGCCGAAAACUUAUGUGGCAGUGUGUAAAAAUGAGAGUGACUCGAGUUUUUAACGAGGUCGGUGUAGGUUGAGUGUUAUAUUAAAAAUUAACUGUUAAAAUUAUGUGCGACACUCGAGACACGUUCUGUCAUUAUAAACAGAAACUUUACACAGAUUCUGAUCUACAGGUGUAUUAUCUAUGAGAAGUGCUAUUUUCAUUUAUUUAUCAAAUAUUGAAAAGUUUGCAUAGCUGUCUGUCUGUAAAGACGGCUGUGAAAUCUUUUUAUUGGGGCUAUAGAUAUUACUGACGUGUGAUAACACCUCUGAUAAAGUUUAUGAUAUUUAUUGUCUAUGACCGCCAUUAUUGGGACCGUUUCACACAAGUAAAAUACCAAUUACAGAAUGGAGGGAUCAAAUUAUGAUCAAAUUAAGCAUAUAUACGCUAAAUACUAAAACAUCGUUUUGCAAUCCAAGGAAUUUUAUGUAGAUUUUAAUUUAACUAAAGUUUAGAAUUAUAUCGAAAGGUGCUGGGAAGGGUUCCCCUAAAGUUGUAGUUGUAGUUAGUGAUGCACUUUGAGGAAAGUUGGGUGUUAUAUUCAGCACUUUAUCAGAAGAACGACUGAGUUGGGGAUUAUAUACUAAAUAUAGAAAACUAAUAAACUAGACCACUUGGUCGUCACGUGGACUAUUCGUACACGUAUUUGUUACAUGAGUGAGCCAAAUUUAGACUUUUUAAAAGUUUUAAUAUGUACCUAUCGUACAAUUUUUUAGAUAGUCAUAAAUUUCAUAACAGUACCUAUAGAAUUGUAUAUCAAAUGCACCCAUAGAUACAUUUUAAAUAGCACUGUUGUACUAGUAAUAAGGGAAAUGUAGCUGUGAAAAGCAUUCGUCACUUUGUACUGUGUACCAGAAAAGAGAUUUAUAUACUUUAUACAUUACCCGCCAUUUUGUUAUUUGGUUUUGUUAUUUAAUUUAUAACUAACCAUAGUAAAACUAGGCAGAUGAGUGACAGCAAUGUAUUAAGUCACUCGAUUAUUAUAUGCUAUGCCUUACAUAAAAUAAUGUACUUCCUAGGAGACGCAUUGCAAUUAAAUAAUUAAAAUAAGUGCCAUCUAGCGGUAAGGAGAGUGAAUGAGACGAAGUCAAACAAAAUGUACAACACUUGGUAUGUUUUAAUGUUUUUACUCGUUAAAAACUUCUUUUUUUCGUUCCUAUAUUUAACUGAUUUAAUAAUUAAAUGACGUUCUGAUAAAAAAAAUCUUAUAAAUGAAAAUAUUAAUUUAUAAUUUUUACAGAAAAUUUCCUCUAUCAACAUUUCGCAUACACAUGUCAAGGUCUAUUUACCGUUAUUUUUUAUUACCGCAGUCACAUCCCUAGUAUACAUGUAGUAAAGUUGUUCUAGGACAGUCAACUAUCAAAAUCUCUCAGUUUUUUAAUCUGUGUUAAUUUCACGUUCAAUUUAAUCAUCACAGAACUCGUUCAAACACUCGCAUGUCUUGUGUUCGGUAUAAGUUUUUUUCUGGUACUCGUACUAAAAGUGUAUAAUAAUUGUGAUAUAAAAUUGUUUAUAGUACAAUAAAGCAUGUUUUUUUUCGUAUUCUAGGUAAAUACUCUGACUAGCGUUAAGGGUGAAGACAUAUGUAUUUCGAAGGCAUUUAAAUGUAUAUUUUGCUCUUCCUUGAUAUUAUUUAAAAAUAUGCUUGCCAUAAGCAAAUUUUUUGUAUAUUUUCUAUAUUAAUUAGCUUAUAAUAAAAGUGUUUGUUUAUGUAUAAAGAUAUAGUAUUUUUAAGGGGAAAAUAUAUGAAGUAAAUUGAAAAAAAAAAUUCUAACUAAAAUAUUUUGCUGUCUCUUAAAAGAUUCUCUGUUGAUGGAAUUAAUUAGAAAAUUAUAAAAAAAAAAAUCAUUUCUAUGACACCCCGAGGACUCCAGAAUGACUGAAUAAUGUUCGUACUAAACGAUUUAUAUAUAAAACAUAUGUUAUAUAUAUGUGCUAUCAUAUAUAGCUCCUAUUUUUCAUAUAAACUAAUUUUUGUAGAUGUCGUUUACAUUAAGUUAAAUUUCACUGCAAAUUUUAUUUUUAUUCUAUAUAAGUACAACAAUAACAUAUUUUUUACUCAUCUCAAAAGUAUUAUUUGCAAUAGGUAUGUAUAUAUUUUACUUGUAUGUUAUCUUUAUAAGUGUGCAUUCAUGAAGUGCUAAAUGACAGACAAAUAAAUCUUAAUAUCGAUGGUUGUAAAGAAUCUUUAGUAUUUUAGAAAGAAUUGUGUUAAUUAAUUGUAAUAAUUUUUUUAUCGUAUAUAUAUAUUUUUGUUAAAUUAUCAAAUUAAUCUAUGUUUUAUAAUUUACAUAGACAUUUAAGUACAAAAUAUUAUGUGUUCUAUGACCUAUACUAUGUUAUAUAUUUAAGAGAUCCAUCUGCUUACCAAUGGGUACAUGUAUUAUAAUAUUAUGAAUAAUCGACAACUGAAAAAAAAAAAUAUUCCAUCGAAAUCUUUUUAAAUUCAAAUAAGGUCUUUGGACUUUUAUUAUCUGUAUUUUUGUUUCGUCUUCCCUUACAUCAAAUACGUCGAAUAAUCUGUUAAUGACGCUGAAAACUUGAAGGAAAAAGUGAUAAAACAUAUCAUAUUUGAAUGAUUUGAUACUAUAUGUUAUUUAUAUUACACAUAGUGAAUUUCUUUUGUAAAACAAUUUUAUAAUUAUAUAAUGACAGCUCACUACAGGCUCGUCUGGAUUUUUGACAUGUCAAUUAAAAACUACGUGAGUUAUGAAUGUUGAAUUGAUAACAAUACAUGUACGAAAUAAAGUUGUUUUGUUUUA